AUGCGUUCCGCUCAGUUCCUUGCCCUCGCGAUGGCCGUCGCUACCUCCGAGGCCGUCUCUCAGGGUUUCAACUACGGUGCCUCCAACGUUGACGGCUCCAUCAAGUCCCAGUCCGACUUCGAGACUGAGUUCAACACCGCCAAGAACCUCGUUGGCACCGACAAUGCCUUCACCAGUGCCCGUCUCUACACUAUGAUCCAGGGUGGUACGACCAACGGCCCCAUUGAGGCUAUUCCCGCUGCCAUCAAGGAGAAGACCACCCUUCUUCUCGGUCUCUGGGCCUCCGGUGGUGACAUGGCUAACGAGAUCGCCGCUCUCAAGUCCGCCAUUGACACUUACGGUGAGGAGUUCACCAAGCUCGUCGUCGGUAUCUCUGUCGGCAGCGAGGAUCUCUACCGUAACUCGCAGACCGGUGUCGAGGCCAACGCUGGUGUCGGUAUCGAGCCCUCUACCCUCGUUGACUACAUCAACCAGGUCCGCUCCGCCAUCUCCGGCACCACCCUGAGCGGUGCUUCCAUCGGUCACGUCGACACCUGGAACUCCUGGUCUAACAGCUCCAACGCCGCUGUCAUUGAGGCCGUUGACUGGCUCGGCUUCGACGGAUACCCCUUCUACGAGAACACCAAGGCCAACUCCAUUGAUGACGCCAAGUCUCUCUUUGAGACCGGUGUUGCCAAAACCAAGGCCGUCGCCGGCGACAAGGAGGUCUGGAUCACCGAGACCGGUUGGCCCGUGACCGGUGACAGCCAGAACUUGGCUGUUGCCAGCGCUGCCAACGCGAAGCAGUACUGGGAUGAGGUUGCCUGCCCUCUCUUCGGCAACGUCAACACCUGGUGGUACAUCCUCAACGACCAGGGUGCCAGCCCCAGCUUCGGUGUCUCUAGCUCGGGUGACAACACUACCCCUCUGUACGACCUGACCUGCAAGGCCUCCUCUUCCUCCAGCUCUGCCGCUGCCUCUUCCAGCACUGGCUUCGCCGGCGAGAAGUCCGCCUCCGUUUCCUCCGGUGCCGCCACUUCCACUGGCUCCUCCGACUCCGGCUCUGGUGCCUCCGGGUCCAGCUCUGGCUCUGUCUCUGGCUCUUCCUCUGGUUCUUCCGCUGCCUCCGGGUCCAGCUCCGGCUCUGGUUCCGCUGCCAGCUCUGCCAUUCCCUCCAUGACCUCCAUCGUCGGCCGCCCCUCCACCAAGCCUAAGGCUUCCAAGAGCGCCUCCGCCUCCGCUUCCGCCUCUGCUACCGGCUCUGCCUCCACUGGCUCCGGUUCUUCUGGCUCUGGCUCUGGCUCCGGCUCCAGCGGCUCCGGCUCCAGCUCUGGAUCUACCGGCUCCGAUGCUGCUUCCGGCUCUGGCUCUUCCUCUUCUUCCUCCGCCUCUCCCUCUUCCAGUGCCUACACCGGCUCCGCUGCCCGUGUCACUGGCUCUGCUGCCGGUGCCUUGAUUGCUGCUCUGGCUCUUGCCUUCACCUUCUAA